AUAUAUAUAGCAAAGAUUUUUUUUCGGGAAAUGGGUCAUUUUCACGCUCGGAAGGCUGUAACUUUGCUGGAAAUGUUUAAUUGUUUCGGCACCGAUGGUAGGAGCUGUGUGCAGGUGUUGGAUGCGCUGUUGCCGUGGUUACAGGUGCUGCUUGGUAACUGGGGACGGUCCCGGAGCGAGACGCUAACACUCAGCAGUUGCUGCACUGAUUGACUGGCUGUGGGGUACAGCCUCGGGAAGUGCGUUCUUCCUGAAAUCUGCUUCUAAGGACAUUAUUCCUCUUCCCACCUGUGAAGUCCAAUGUUGGCCACGUCUGGUUCUUCACCCUCUCUCUUCAGGACAAAGAAUAAUGAAGAUCCAUGGCAACUCCGGUCCUUUAAACGUCAUAACUGUGACUGGCUCAAAACUUCAUUACCAUUUGUUUGUAAAGUGAUUCGCCAGAUCCACGAUUUGGAAGAAAAGACUGAAGUUUGGUUCAGACAGUUUACAGAAUCUCUACAGUCAGAAUCCCAAGGAAAAAGUCAAUCUUCUGAAAAGUUGAGUGGGAUUUCACAAAGAAAUGAAUUCAACCAAACAAUUUUUUCCAGUGAUUUGACAUCUACUAAUCUGUGUAUUAGCAGUAUUGGAUUUAAUGAAACAGAACCUAACCAAACCACAGCUUUAUAUGAAGAGGCAAGGGAGGUCCUAUCAGAGAUCAUUGGCUUGAUGGAGCAACUGGAAGCAGAAUGCAAAAAGACAAGUGAGGCUCUGCAAAUAGAAAGAGAGCGGGUGACAAUGAUUGGAAACAGAAUUGAUCAGCUAUCUCUUUGGUGGAUGCGAGAGCUUCCUGAAGCUGUACAAAAAGAAUAUGCAGUGCAUUCAGAAGAGAUUUAUGAAUUAGAGUUAAAUGCUGAGUGUAAGGCAUCUCAUUUACAAAAAGUACAAAUUCAAGUUAAUGAUGCAAGAAUACUGAAUCAGAGACUACGUGAAGAAAUUAAUUUAGUAAAAAAACUUGAAGAUCAUCUAAAGGAAAAGCUGGAUUUGGAAAAGAAGACCAUUGAUGAUAUUGUACCAAGUCAAAAUGAGUUGACAGAGGUCUUCAGUAAAGUUUUUUCGGACCUUAAUAAAGUGCACCAGGAGUUUGAUGAUGCUACUGCCAAAGCACAGUUUGAAGAAAAUGCAAUGCAUACAGAAAUUCUCUCAAUAGAGAACAAAACUGCACAGCUCAGCAAGGACAUAAUCACAGCCAAAAUGGUAUUUGAAAUAUAUACUACUCAAGAACAAAAAAUUCAGGAUCAGAUUGUAGAAGCAGAAAAGUCACAUAAAAGACUUACCGAUGAAUUGGUUGAUUUGGAAUUUCAGAAGAAUAUAAAGAAAGACAAUAUACAACAAUUGAAAGCUAAAGUUACAGAUGAAUAUGUUGAGAUCAAAAUGCUAGCAGCGUCUUGCACUGAAAUUGAACACACUAUUAGAGAUAAAAUGCAAAAUGGCAAUACUGAUUUGUCAAAUCAACAAAAAGAAUAUGACAAAAUACUGGAUGAGCUUACGAAUUUGGAGACUAAAAAUAAAGAACUUGAAUUGGCUAUUGAAACGUUUAACAACAACAUUAAAGAUAGUCGCCAGGAAAGAAAUAAAAUGAAAAGAGAAAUGCAGCAAAUACAAGAAGCUCUAAAAAUUAAUAAUGACAAAUUAGCCAGCAUGAAGAAACAGCUCUCCCAAGUGGAGAAAGUGCUAAAUGCACAGAGGACCAAGCUAGCAAUAUUGAAAAUAACAAUAUCUGAUGAGGAAGGAAAACCAAAGAAUCAGAUAAUAAAGGUGAAGAAAAAGAUCAGAGAUGAAAUGAUGCGGCGAACAAAACUUCAGGCCAAAGUUAAACGGGAUGCUGCAGAACUAACUCAGUUUAAGGAAAACACUAAAAUGAAGAAGAAAAAAGCCUUAAAUAAGGUUGCACAAGUUGAGGAGGCUGUUGUAAAAACUGAAACAGAAUUUAAGGAACUGGAAGCUAUAUAUAAGAAUCACUAUGAAAUAUUUUUAAUGUUAAACAAGAAGCUAGAUGAACUUAAAGAAAGCCAACAAAUAAUGUCUGAAAAUGUGGAGAAUGAAAAAAAAGAUUUGCAAAAUAAGUUGAUUAAUGAUCAGAAAGAGUUUCUAGACAGCUUCAAUCUGCUUAACUCCAGCCUCAGGCAAACUGAGACACUACAGAAAAAUAUUCCUCUGAAGCAAACCUUAAGAACUACAUUAUUAAAAGAUAUUGAAAAAUACAAAAAAAACAUUGAAGAUAUGAAGCCAACUCUAGAUCUGACAGAGUUCAAGCACAACAGCGCUACAAACCUCAUCACCAAUCUUAAGUCUGAGCUUGCAAUAGCUAAAAGAAGGUGGGCACUUAUGGAGGAAGAGUAUCAGAAGUUGCUUCAGGAAAGAAGAGAGGAACAGAAAAAAGUAACAACUAAGCUUGCUUCUGCGCUUAUGGAAAACGCUAUUCAAACCGCAGAGUAUAAACAACUACAAGGGUCUUAUCUGGACACGAAAAGUAAACUUGCAGAUAUCUACUAUGACAGGCUGAAAACUGAAGGUCGCAUCAAGGAUUAUCUUCAGCUCUCUGCACUACAAACCAGGAUGCAUAAAGCACUAGUGGACUACUCCAGACAACGAGGCCUUUAUAGUCAAGCGGAGCUGGCAACGUUCCUGGCUUUCUCUCAUGAGAAUGCUCAGAAAAUAAUAGCUGUGCAGGGGGAGAUGUCAAAAUCCAUUCAGCAUAUGUCUACUUUCCUACACUCUUUGGCAGAUGCUUGUGAGACAAAGGAAGAUAUUGAAAACAAACAGUGUAACCAAGGUGGUAUAAUCAAAGACAAGAAAAGUCAUGCAGUUCAAGUAACGGUGUAAUUGGACAUUCACCUGUUUGCCAUUUCACACUUGUAUGGACUGCAGCUCAGUCACCUCCCAUCAUGCUUUGUCUUCUUUUACUUACAGCAAAUCCAUAACAAUGAAACAGGUGACUUUCAUGCUGCUGUCAGGAAUGAUCUAAUUUCAGCUUUGGGUGACUGAUUGCAAUUGGCUUUGCCUCAUCUGAUAAUUAAUCUAUGUCAUGAUUAAUUGGAAAAGAGAAUAAUUACUGGCGAUGUUGACAGUGACUGUACGCUUCUCCAGAUUUCUGUCUAUUGCUCAGGCCUAACUAAUAACUUUACAGUUCAUCACUGAAACUUUAUACAUGUAGUAACAAUCUGUAUAGAUGUAUAAUGGUGUUACACAUUCUACCUGGUGGCUAUUUGUUAACGCUUGUCAAUAGUUUUGAGUAGCAAAAGCAGCCUGCAUAUUACCAUGCUUCGUAUUUUAUCUUAAUUUUGUGGAAGUUUAAAGUUUUCAAUG